UCAAAGUUGUUGAGUAUUGGGCAAGUGGCUCCUGUUCCCUUAACCCCACUGCAACCUCCAUACCCAAAUUGGUAUAAGCCGGAUCUGACAUGUGAGUAUCAUGUUGGCAUUGCUGGGCAUAACAUUGAAAGCUGUAAUGCAUUUAAAAACAAGCUUCCGCAAUUGAUAAAAGCUGGAUGGAUAACUUUUGAUGAUGCACCGAAUGUGAAUUCUAACCCUUUACCCAAUCAUGCUGCAAGUAGUGGAGGGGUAAAUGUUGUAGCAGUAGAGGGUAAGAAGGAAAGAGUUUUGAAGGUUUCCAUGGAAAGACUGUAUGAUAUGAUGGUACAGUCUGGAUAUUUACCUGAGGUUGAACCAGUGAUGAAUGGAAAUAAUUACUGUAAGUUUCAUGGCGAGGUGGGACAUCACAUUGAUGAUUGUCAAGAAUUUCACCAGGAAGUGAAAAGGAUGCUGACUUUCGGCAUGAUAAGGAUAGAGAGUGAAGAAGAAAGCAGUGAAAUUGGGAUGAUAGGCCGUCAGGAGAAAAAAGUGGAGGUUUGUAGACUCCAACCAACUAUGGGUGGUCCACCAAAACUAAUCCUGACCAAACCUGUGUGCAUAAAUAGUGGAAGUUAUAACACAAUGCCUUACAAUUAUGGAUAUUCUUUCAACAUUAAGGAUCCUACUCCUAUCUUCCAUACUGAAAUCGGUGGUUUAACUCGAAGUGGUCGGUGUUUUACACCAGAAGAAUUGGAGAGGCAGAGGAAAGCUAAAGGAAAAGAAAUAGUUGAUGCUUUUAAAGGUAUGGAAGUGAACAAACCUAUAAGUGAAGAUGAGUCUAAUGAAUUUCUGAAGUUGAUGAAGCAUAGUGAGUAUAGUGUGGUAGAUCAGUUGAAGAAAACUCCUGCUAGAAUCUCUUUAAUGUCACUUAUCUUGAGUUCUGAAUUACACCGUAAAGAAUUGCAAAAGGUGUUGAAUGAAGCAUAUGUGCCCCAAGAUAUUACUCAGGAUACAAUGGAACAUUUGGUGGGAAGAAUUCAAGCCUCUAAUUACUUAUACUUCACUGAAGAUGAGCUAGACCCGGAAGGGACUGGGCAUAACAAGCCUUUGUACAUCACCGUGAAAUGUAAGGACUGUCUGAUGGGCAAAGUGCUUGUGGAUAAUGGUUCAGCUCUGAAUGUGCUACCAAGGCAUAUGCUAGAUGAGAUGCCAAUUGAUGCUACUUAUAUGAGGCCAAGCACUAUGACAGCUAGAGCAUAUGAUGGUUCCCCUAGACAGGUAAUAGGGACCAUUGACAUUGAAUUGUUUGUAGGGCCUCAGAUGUUUUUGGUAACCCUACAAGUAAUGGAUAUACAUCCUUCAUAUAGCAUGUUAUUGGGAAGACCAUGGAUACACGCCUCUGGGGCUGUGACAUCAUCUCUACACCAAUGUCUUAAGUACAUUAUCAAUGGUACUUUAGUGAAAGUUAAGGCAGAAGAAACCUUGUCCAUGAUAAGGAAUGUGUCAGUCCCUUAUAUUGAAGCAGAAGAUUGCAAAGAUGGAAAUCUCCAUGCCUUCGAGAUUGUGAACACUGAAUGGGUACCAGAGAAUACGGUGCUGAGAAGACCAAUUAUUUCUAAUACUUCCAGAAUGAUAGCUAAGUGCUUUUUGAAACAUGGGCUACCAUUCCAGAAUGCUUCACUUACUGGAAGUUUUAAGGGAGUCAACAUGAUGAAAGUUAAGGCUGCUGAUCAGAAGUUUGAGCUUGGCUUUAAGCCUAAGAAAGAUGAUUACAAGAGAACUGCUAGGAUUAAGCGAGAAAGAAGGUUGGCCAGAAUGGAAGGAAGAAAGCUAGAAGAAGAAGACAUUGUAAUCCCACCCAUCCAUGUUUCUUUCCCAAAGUCAGCAUAUGUAAUGAAACCUGAAAACAUGAUAGAAGUCUUGGGACAGAAACUUGCCGUCAUGGAUAUCCACAAUGUAGAGGAAGGUGAAGGAAAAGGCUGGAAUUAUAAUGAUGAGCCGAAAACAACAGAAGAAGAUGAGUUGUUACCUCAGUUAACUGUCCAUUCUCUAGAAGAGGCUCCAACCAAUACCUUUGUGCGAAAGCUUUCAGUUGAUGAAGUAUUCCAGAAUUGGGAGAUUGAAGAAGCCCCAGUUGUUUUCAAGAAGAAUUCUAAAAGUGAAUCCUCCAUAAAUCCACAAACAUAUUGCAUUGAAAAUGAAUGGCCAAACUUUGAUAAGGAUGUGAUUGCAAUGGAUGAAGAGGAAUGGAAUGAAGAUGAUAUGAAGGAGUUUACUAGACGGGCAGAACAGUCUGACCAUGCUUGGAAACCUGCAAAAGAAGAAUUAGAGGUGAUAAAUGUAGGCACAGAGCAAGAUAAAAGAGAGCUAAAGAUUGGAACUCUGAUUACCACAGAAGAAAGAUGUAGUUUAACAGCACUACUACAAGAGUAUACGGAUGUGUUUGCCUGGUCUUAUGCAGAUAUGCCUGGUCUAGACAUUGAUAUUGUAGUACAUAGAGUGCCUCUGAUAGAAGGAUGUAAACCUGUUAAGCAGAAAUUGAGAAGAACUCGCCCGGAUAUUCUACUUAAGGUCAAAGCAGAGAUAGAGAAGCAGUGGGAUGCCGGUUUUCUAGAAGUUAUUAAAUACCCUCAAUGGGUAUCUAACAUAGUGGUAGUCCCAAAAAAGGAUGACAAAAUCAGAGUAUGUGUAGACUUCAGGGAUCUAAACAAAGCUAGUCCCAAGGAUGAUUUUCCUUUGCCCCACAUAGACGUUCUGGUGGACAAUGCUGCUAAGAGUUCAACUUAUUCCUUCAUGGACGGAUUCUUCGGGUAUAACCAGAUUAAAAUGGCUGAAGAAGAUAAAGAGAAGACCACUUUUGUCACACCAUGGGGAACAUUUUGCUACAAAGUGAUGCCAUUCGGGUUAAAGAAUGCUGGAGCCACAUAUCAAAGGGCAAUGGUGACACUUUUCCAUGAUAUGAUGCAUAAAGAGAUUGAAGUGUAUGUGGAUGAUAUGAUUGCCAAGUCUAAGAAUGGAGAAGAUCAUGUUCAGGUUCUAAGAAAAUUAUUUGAUAGACUAAGGAAGUAUCAGUUGAAGCUGAAUCCUGCAAAAUGCUCAUUUGGGGUAAAGUCUGGAAAGUUGCUGGGAUUUGUGAUAAGCAAUAAAGGAAUAGAGGUCGAUCCUGAUAAAGUGAAAGCAAUUCAGGCUAUGACAAUUCCUAAAACUGAGAAAGAAGUAAGAGGCUUCUUAGGACGUUUGAACUACAUCGCCCGAUUCAUAUCUCAGUUAACAACAACAUGUGAGCCAAUCUUUCGAUUGCUUCGAAAAAAGAAUCCUGGUACAUGGGAUAAAGACUGUCAAGAGGCUUUUGACAAAAUAAAGCAAUACUUACAGAAUCCACCUUUGUUAGUGCCACCUGUGCCUGAAAGACCUUUGAUCUUGUAUUUGACAGUAACCGAGGUAGCAAUGGGCUGUGUGUUAGGACAACAUGAUGAGUCUGGAAGAAAGGAGCAAGCUAUCUAUUAUCUGAGUAAGAAGUUUACUGAUUGUGAAUCCAGAUAUACUAUGACUGAGAAGCUAUGUUGUGCCCUUGUGUGGAGUACGAAGCGUCUUCGACAAUAUAUGUUGUAUUAUACCACCUGGUUGAUCUCAAAAAUGGAUCCACUUAAGUACAUCUUUGAGAAACCUUACUUGUCAAGCCGAAUAGCAAGGUGGCAAGUAAUGUUGGCAGAGUAUGACAUUCUAUACAAGACAAGAACAUCUGUAAAGGGAAGUGUAAUUGCUGAUCAUUUAGCAAAUAAUGCUAUCAAAGAUUAUGAGCCUUUGAAAUUUGACUUCCCGGAUGAGGAUGUGUUAAUAGUCGAAGAAGACAAAGAGAAGAAUGAUUGGUGGAUCAUGUAUUUUGAUGGGGCAGUGAAUGUAUCUGGCAAUGGAGCAGGGGCUGUGAUAAUCUCACCUGAUAAGAAGCAAUAUCCCAUCUCAAUCAAGCUACAAUUUGAAUGCACUAACAAUACUGCUGAAUAUGAGGCUUGUAUCCUUGGCUUAGAAGCUGCUUUAGAGAUGAAGGUAAAGAAGCUUGAUGUCUAUGGGGAUUCAAUGUUAAUAAUCUGUCAAGUGAAAGGCGAAUGGCAGACCAAAGAAGAAAAAUUGAUACCCUAUCAACAAUAUCUCUCAAAACUGACCGAGGGCUUUGAUGAUAUAGAUUUUACCCAUAUGGGAAGAGACAAAAACCAGUUUGCUGAUGCUUUGGCAACCUUAGCCUCUAUGGCCAAAACUGAUUACGGCAUCAGGGUACAACCAAUCUGCAUUGAGAUUAGAGAUUUUCCAGCUCAUUGUUGUGCAAUUGAAGGAGAAGUAGAUGGGAACCCAUGGUUUUAUGACAUCAAGCGGUUUAUCCAAUAUCGAGAGUAUCCCUUGGGGGCAUCUAAAGCAGAUAUGAAGACCUUGAGACGUUUAGCCAUGGAAUUUUACCUAGAUGGAGAAAUUCUAUAUAAAAGAUCAUUCAAUGGGACUUUACUAAGAUUUCUAGAUGAAAUCGAAGCUAAGGUAGCAUUGCAAGAAAUUCAUGAAGGAAUUUGUGCAACUCAUGCAAGUGGGCAUAUGAUGGCCAGACAACUGCAACGAUCUGGAUACUUCUGGAUGACCAUGGAGAAAGAUUGCAUUGAUUAUGUCAGAAAAUGCCAUAAAUGUCAGGUGUAUAGUGAUAAGAUAAAUGCACCUCCGGCUCCUCUGUUCAAUAUGACAUCACCAUGGCCAUUUGCAAUGUGGGGAAUAGAUGUGAUUGGCCCAAUCAACCCAAAGGCUAGCAAUAGGCAUCAAUUUAUCUUAGUAGCCAUUGAUUAUUUCACAAAGUGGGUGGAGGCCAGCUCUUAUGCUCAUGUAACUCAAAAGGUGGUCAAGUGUUUCAUUGAGAAAGAUUUGAUUUGUCUGUACGGUUCACCUGAGAAGAUAGUGACCGACAACGCCCAAAAUUUUAAUGGGAAAAUAAUCACAGAAUUGUGUGUGAAGUGGAAAAUUAAACACUCAAACUCAUCUCCUUACAGACCGAAGAUGAAUGGUGCUGUCGAAGCUGCAAACAAGAAUAUCAAGAAGAUUAUCCAGAAGAUGGUAGUCACUUAUAAGGAUUGGCAUGAGAUGCUUCCCUUUGCUCUACAUGCGUAUCGCACAGCAGUAAGGACAUCUACUGGAGCUACACCUUACUCAUUAGUAUUUGGGAUGGAGGCGGUGAUGCCUUUGGAAGUAGAAAUUCCAUCUUUGAGAGUACUAAUGGAAUCUGAACUAGAAGAAGCUGAAUGGGCUAAAGUGAGAUACGAGCAGCUAAACAUGUUAAGUGAGAAGAGGUUGGCUGCAAUUUGUCAUCACCAGUUAUACCAAAGAAGGAUGGCCAAAGCAUAUGACCGGAAAGUCCGACCAAGGGAAUUCAAAGAAGGGGAUCUUGUACUAAGAAAAAUCUUACCAUUACCAAGUGAGGAUAGAAGCAAGUGGGCACCAAACUAUGAAGGCCCGUAUGUAGUGAAGAAAGCAUUCUCUGGAGGGGCUUUGUUGUUAACUAGAAUGGAUGGAGAUGAUGUAUCUAGGCCUGUGAACUCUGAUUCUGUGAAAAAGUAUUAUGUAUGAUGUGUUUCAUCCAAUCAUAAUCAAUUAAAUAAAGUUUGGCCAGGAAAUUCUCUUUGCAUAUACCUCACCAAAAACCCAUGCAUGAUCUCA